UAGUCAGUAAAUUGCCACCCUCGCCGCGUAACGCACACUUCGGACACAAAUUAUUACAUAUCAAUAUAUUGUAGAAAAAUAUAAGGAAUAAUAUUUUCUAUUAAUAAGUAAAAGAACUUAUUCGUUGCUCAUGAAUAAUACAAUGCUUGAAAUGUCGAGUCGGCAGAACCUUUAUCCGACGAUAUUGCAAGUUAACGCCAACGAGGAGCAAGACAAGGACUCUAAGACAUGUGGCAAGAUAUUGGUCGUCUUGUCCUGGAUCUUUGUCGUGAUGACGAUGCCUUUUUCACUUUUCAUAUGUUUUAAGGUGGUCCAAGAGUACGAGAGAGCCGUCAUUUUCCGCCUCGGCCGUUUGCUAUCAGGAGGAGCUAAAGGACCAGGUAUUUUCUUUAUUCUGCCGUGCAUCGACACCUAUGCUCGCGUGGACCUGCGAACGAGGACCUACGACGUGCCUCCUCAAGAGGUUUUGACGAAGGAUUCCGUGACUGUGUCCGUCGAUGCCGUCGUGUACUAUCGUGUCCAUAACGCAACAAUAUCAAUAGCAAAUGUGGAAAACGCCCAUCACUCAACCAGGCUACUAGCGCAAACAACACUACGAAAUACCAUGGGUACUCGACCUCUGCAUGAGAUUCUGAGUGAGCGGAUGACCAUCUCUGGAAACAUGCAACUUUCACUGGACGAGGCCACAGAAGCUUGGGGUAUUAAAGUGGAAAGGGUUGAAAUCAAGGAUGUGCGGCUGCCGGUGCAGCUGCAACGUGCUAUGGCGGCGGAGGCCGAGGCCGCGCGGGAGGCCCGGGCCAAGGUCAUCGCCGCGGAGGGCGAGCAGAAAGCCUCCAGGGCCCUGAGGGAAGCCUCCGAGGUCAUCGGCGACAGCCCCGCUGCUCUGCAACUGAGAUAUCUGCAGACGCUGAACACAAUAUCGGCCGAAAAGAAUUCAACAAUAGUAUUCCCUUUGCCAAUCGACAUAUUAACAUACUUCAUGAAGGCGAGAGAAGAAAGGGAUUAGUAUUCGAAUGUACAAUGAACAAUGAAGUUCUUAUAAUCAUAUUUAUCUAUUACUACUUCAUUAUAUAAUUUGUCUACACACGUCUAUUGCUAGACAUAUACCUAAGCCUCUCCUAUGGAAAACACAAUCUUGUCCAUCCAAUGGCCUUCUUCAUUCAAAAACAUAACUCUACGUCUAGUACAGAUUUAUAAUUGGCCAAAAACUAGAAGAAUUUACGUUUUCUUGCAUACAAAGUGGCGCCUCUUUCCUCUUGAAACUAUGAAGAAACACUCGAUGAUGACAGAACAAAACUUAAACUUUUCCGUUUUUGUAAAUUGCAAAACGCUUACUAGAGGCUCUGUUAAAUAAAUGUAAAGACCUCGUCAGAUCAUCAAUACGGAGGUAGGUACUUAAGUAUAUUAGAUAUACUUACUAACCCGAUAUGAUCAGCUGACCAAAAUAAUAUCAUGCCCGAUUUUGAUGCUCAAAGAGACUCACUUAUAAAACUUAGGCUGAUUAAACAGUGAAUACAUAAUUAAAUUCGUCUUAUGGCAAUGCACUGGAUGUAGCUAUCGAUGUAAGUAGGUAUACAGGGUUAUUGGUAAGUAGACUGGAUCCUUUCAGGAGGUGAUAGAGGAAGGCAUUUCCAGUCGAUUGAACCCUAUAAUGCAUUAUCC